AGAAGAUCCGGUAGAUUGUUGAAGAAAUCUGUGGGAUCCUACUUUCCAAACUGUCAAUAUUUGGGGAAGGAUUUGGUAUCUUUUAUGAUUCUGAUGGCUCUUCAUUUUAUUUAUAAGCUCUGUUUUCACCCCUCUUUUCUAUUCAUUCAUCUUCUCAAUUCUCUCUCUCUUUCUUUUCUCUCUCUAAGAUUAAGAUUAUUAUCAUCAUGGGUUUGGCUGCUAAGUCAGAUCACUUUCAUGUGUUGGCUGUGGAUGACAGCAUCAUAGACAGAAAAUUGAUUGAAGCUCUUCUCAAGACUUCUUCCUACCAAGUUACUGCAGUAGAUUCUGGAAGUAAAGCAUUAGAGUUUCUGGGUCUCAAUAAUAAUAAUAAUAAUGAAGAAGAAGAAGAAGAGAGUGGAGCAACAACUUUUUCACCUUUUUCUUCAGCUCAUCAUCAUUCUCAUCAUGAUGAUCAGGACAUUAUGGAAGUCAAUUUGAUCAUUACAGAUUACUUUAUGCCUGGAAUGACUGGCUAUGAUCUCCUCAAGAAAGUUAAGGAAUCAAAAUCUCUUAAAGAUAUACCAGUUGUCAUCAUGUCCUCUGAGAAUGAACCAUCCAGAAUCAGCAGGUGCUUGGAAGAUGGAGCUGAGGAAUUCUUCUUGAAACCAGUUCAGUUGUCAGAUGUGAAGAAGCUAAGACCCCAUUUGUUAAAGGGAAUAAGAUCUGAUAUUGACAAUCAAACCAAGAUUAUGGAACAAAACCAAUCAGCUGCUGACUUGGAAUUUGAGUCUCUAUAAAAAUCAAAUUAAUUCCAUAUACAUGUUCUUGAUUUCGCCCUCUAUUCUCUAUUCUAUAGGCAUCUUAAUUCAUAGGUAUUUAGAUCAGAUUUAGUGGAGAGAACAUUAUUGAUCUAUGUUAGUGUUACAUUAUUCAAAUAUCAACAACAUUUUUUACAAUUUUUUUUUAUUUUAUUUUUUAAAAAAUGUAAAUAUAGUCAUUCAAUUUUGCUUCCAUUGAUUUGAUUAAUUGAACAGGAAGAUAAGAUUUGAAUUGUUCCAA